AUGGAGAAAUUGUCUGUGCUGUUCCUCGCUCUCGCCCUGCUGCUGCUCUUCUCAGAGGCCUCUCCAAUUCUAAUGGAAAAGCAGGCCAAACAGCUCCUGAGGUCUCCGAGACAGGACAGGCCCAGCAAACCUGGGUUCCCUGACGAGCCUAUGCGGGAGUACAUGCACCACCUGCUGGCCCUGGAGCAUGGUGCUGAGGAGCAGUUCCUGGAGCACUGGUUGAACCCUCACUGCAAGCCCCACUGCGACAGGAACAUGGUCCACCCUGUGUAA